AAGUGCUUUUCUGAAUUGAAGCCAAAAAAUAACUUGCUGCUCAUCAGGACUUGGCUGCUUUGCUGAGGUUUCUGGCAAAAAGUCAGAUAGUGCCAGAUGGGGUGAUGACUUCUGUCUUGGUCAAGUACCUGCAGCUUUUUCCCCUCCUCAGAUGUACCAUAUUAGUUUCAGAGAAGUGUGUGAGGAUUUCUCAUUCGUAUGAAUGGUUGUGUCCUCCUGCUUGGUGUAACCUCUGUAGUUCCUCCAUUGAGAAGCGAAAGAAGUUGUUCUCAUUAUUGUGAGUCUUUAUGAAUGAUUAGGGGUAAUGCUUCUGUCAGAAAAUCUGUGACAGCACAGCAGAAACAUUCACCCUUGCCAAAAGAAACAAAUAGACUAAAUCUAGUUAGGAGAAAACAACACUGAGUAGUGAUUUUUACAGAGAAAGGCAAUCAGGCAUUGUCAGCAAAAUUCGUAUUAAGGUGUAAAAUGUAAGGCUAAGGAAAAGAAACAACUAUUGUGAAGAUGCAGUACAAAUCCAAAAAGGGAAGAGAGUUCAAAUGGCUUCAUGUAUUAUACAAUGUGCUUAGGGCUUCCAUAUUUCUUUGUGGGAAGUCAUGGACAGAAAACUCGGGCACAUGGGCAGCAAGUCUGACACAUACUGGAUACAUAGGCCAUACUGUGUAUUCCUAGGAUCAUUUUGUAACAAAUACUGAAUGUGCUGGGUCUGCCGCCUGGGUGCCCUCACCCCUCUCUGCCUGGGAAGGAUGCUCUUGGUGUCCUGCAGUGUAAACUGGCUGCACGUGUGCAGGAGCCGUAGCCAUUUUUCUGGGCCUUCCCAGAAAAGGAAGCUCCCUGCAGCGCCUGCCAGGCACCGCCUUCCUGUGCCUGGAGACCUGCCAUGGAUCAUCUUCUGCAGCAAGUGUUAAUGGGGACUACUGUCUUCACAGCCCUGACACUAGAGGUGCUUCGUUCUUGAGGGUAAUUUCAAAAUGCCCAUAGGAAUAAUAGAAACUGGCCAUGGAGGUGCUUUUCUUAUACACAGAUACUGGGCAGUGCAGUAAGUUUCUAGUCCAUACUAAGCAGAUUCAGUGAAAAGUUAAACUAUUAUUUCUUACCUUUUAUCUUUUUUUCUUUUUUUGCCUUGCUAUUUAAUGCUCAUAUUGAUUUGUAUGGUGGAAAAUUACCAUACUGUCCAGAUGUUCAUACUGUGAACAUUUGCAAAUAUGGUGCAUGUACCGGGUUUCAGCCUUCUUUUGACAUGCAGAUGCUGUUUUCCCUAGUGGAAGUGUGGGCUGCUGGGUAGUGGAUUUGAAAGCAGAGUUUUAAAAUGGCUGUGUUACAGAAAAAUGUAUUUUAUUUUCCUGAAGAGUUUACAGCUGAAAACAGGCAAGAUAAGAAAGGGAAAGAAGAAAUAUAGUUGCAGCCUUUAUUUUACAUCUGGGGAACAGUAGCUGAGAGAGUAAGUUGUCUGAGGUUGAGGGCAAGUUUAACCACAAACUGGAUAUGAAUCUAUUAAAAACCAGUCUAGCUGCUUAACCACAUCAUCUUUGUUUCGUCUGUCCUACUGCAAAGGUAAAAUGGAUGCUUUAUGGUUAGAAAAGAAGUGUUAAACAUCUGAACUUCACUGUCUCUAAGAUUGCAUAUUCUGUUAUUAAAACUGAAAGCAUUUUUUCAAUUCAUUUGUUUAUCACUAUGAUUGCAAUCUUUUUGUAUUUCUCUUCGUCUAGACAGGGAAGUGGAUCUGCCAGGGUCAGCUUCUAUAGAGCAGUCAGUAGCCUGUCUGAUUAUUUUUAGCUUUUCAUCCAUUAGCACAGACCUGAAAAAACAGGGUUACAUUUGGUGUCUGUAGAACCAAUAUGGUGGUUCCAGUCAUUUGGAAGAUGUUCUUUGUGUAUUGUAUGUAGUAACAAUAUUUACUACGUGUAGUUCUUCUCAGAAGCUUGUUUGGUGAAUGAGAGAGGCUGGGAGCACAGAAGCACUUGUGAUCAAUGUAUCAAUGUUUGCAAUAAGGGAGUUAGAAGACAGAACGGCAACUUCCAGGGCUUUCAUCUUAAGGGCUAUGAUCUGCGUAAGUAUAUAAGGUGUUAAUUUGGGGAGGGAUAUAGGUUGUUUUUUAAAAUAAGCAUGAUCAUAACCAGAGAUCUGUAGAGCCAUAGGAUAAUUCAUUUUGGAAGAGGUCUCAGAAUAUUCCAGUCAGAACUAACAUCCAGGCUGAACUGCUUAUUUUCCAUUUUUAUGCAUAUUGUCUCAUCUGCUCUUGCCAUGAGCCCCUGGGAAGAGCCUGACUCCUCUGUCUCAGUGAUGUCCCUGUAGGUGUGCACAGGUGGCUGUUUGGGCCCCCACAGCCGUCUCUUCCCCAGGCUGAUCAAGCUCUGCUUCCCCAGCCUCUCCUCACAAGAUCAUCUCUGCCUUCUAAUUUGGAGAUAAGGCAAUUGGAAGAUGGGACUGAAGGAGUGUUUGCUCUGACUCAGCUAGUGAAACGUACACAGUUUGGCCCAUUUGAAUCCAAGAGAGUUGCCAAGCUGGAAAAAGAAUCAGUUUUUCCCCUGAAGCUGUUCCAGAAGGAUGGGCCCCUGGUAUAUUUUGACACCUCGAAUGAAGAUGAUUGCAACUGGAUGAUGAUGGUGCGACCAGCCACUGAAUAUGAGCAUCAAAACUUAACUGCCUUCCAGCACGACAAUGAUAUUUACUUCACCACCUCCCGGGACAUCCCACCAGGAACUGAGCUGCGAGUGUGGUAUGCAGCUUUUUACGCCAAAAAAAUGGAAAAGCCAGUGCUGAAGCAGGUCACUAGUAUUGCCAAUGAUGUGUGUUUGGUAGUGAUGGAAUCUGAUAAAGAGGGGAAUAAAAUCUCUUCAAAACCUUCGUCUGCUGUCUUCCCCCAUAAAAAAACGAAGAAAUCCAGCAUACCAGCAGCUGAUCCAGCAGUGAAUGCUCCAGAAGGCACUGGAGCUGCAGAAGCAGAGUCCAGCCAGUGGACGUGUAAAGUGUGUUCAUCUGCCUUCCAGGAGCCUCAGCUGCUCACAGAACACUUGCUGAGUCACCUGGAACAAGCUAAAGGUGCCCGCCAAACCAGCCAAAAUGGGGCUGUUGCAGAGAAAGCAGCAGAGGGUCCCCCUGUGGAUCAGCCAGUGAUUUGUGAUGCAGCCAGUGCCAGUACAGACUCAAGGAGGAAGGCCAGGCGGGGAAGAAAGCCCAAAACAGCAAAAGCAGAAACACCUCUUGUUGUUGAAGAGAAGGAUUCUGCAGUGGAACGUGUAGCUGAUGUUGUAACAGAGGUCCCACCAGAAGAGGUAGCCUUGCCUUCAGCUGCAGAAGAGAGAAUUAUGGAAUUGGUUUUAGGAAAGAUGCCUAGCACCACAAAUAGCAUCAGUUCAGUGACAAAUAGGUUUGCUCAUCACCAAAACACCAUGUCCCUCAAAAGAAGUUUAAUUCUCUCCAGUAGACAUGGUAUACGGCGGAAGCUGAUAAAACAACUUGGGGAGCACAAGAGAGUCUAUCAAUGCAGUAUCUGCAGUAAGAUCUUCCAGAACAGCAGCAACCUCAGCAGGCACAUCCGUUCUCACGGUGACAAACUAUUUAAAUGUGAGGAAUGCGCAAAGCUGUUCAGCCGUAAAGAGAGCUUGAAGCAGCAUGUUUCAUACAAGCACAGCAGGAACGAAGUUGACGGUGAGUACAGAUACAAGUGCACCACGUGUGAAAAGGCCUUUCGGAUAGAGAGUGCAUUGGAAUUCCAUAACUGCAGGACAGAUGACAAGACAUUCCAAUGUGAGAUGUGUUUCAGAUUCUUUUCUACAAACAGUAAUCUUUCAAAACACAAAAAAAAGCAUGGGGAUAAGAAGUUUGCAUGUGAAAUCUGCAAUAAAAUGUUCUACCGGAAGGAUGUCAUGCUAGACCAUCAAAGACGACACUUGGAAGGGGUGAGGCGUGUGAAAAGAGAAGACUUUGAGCACAGCACAGAAAACAUGGUUCGCUACAAGAAGGAGCCUUCGGGAUGCCCUGUAUGCGGGAAGGUAUUUUCAUGUAGGAGCAAUAUGAACAAACACCUUUUAACACAUGGAGACAAGAAAUACACUUGUGAAAUCUGUGGACGUAAAUUUUUCAGGGUGGAUGUGUUGAGAGAUCAUAUUCAUGUCCAUUUUAAGGACAUAGCACUAAUGGAUGAUCACCAGAGAGAAGAGUUCAUUGGUAAAAUUGGAAUCUCAUCGGAGGAAAAUGAUGACAACUCUGAUGAAAGUGCAGAUUCUGAGCCUCACAAGUAUAGCUGCAAAAGGUGCCAGUUGACUUUCGGCAGAGGGAAGGAGUACCUGAAGCACAUAAUGGACGUGCACAAGGAGAAAGGCUAUGGCUGUAGCAUUUGUAAUCGACGUUUUGCCUUGAAGGCAACUUACCAUGCACACAUGGUCAUUCAUCGGGAGAACCUGCCUGAUCCUAAUGUGCAGAAAUACAUCCAUCCAUGUGAAAUCUGUGGAAGGAUUUUUAACAGUAUAGGAAAUCUGGAAAGACAUAAGCUUAUACAUACAGGUGUAAAAAGUCAUGCUUGUGAGCAAUGUGGCAAAUCAUUUGCUAGAAAAGACAUGUUAAAAGAACAUAUGCGAGUCCAUGAUAAUAUCCGAGAAUACUUGUGUGCAGAAUGUGGCAAAGGAAUGAAGACAAAACAUGCACUUCGUCACCACAUGAAACUUCACAAAGGGAUUAAAGAAUAUGAAUGCAAGGAAUGUCACCGAAAAUUUGCACAGAAAGUCAACAUGCUGAAGCAUUACAAAAGACACACGGGAAUCAAAGAUUUUAUGUGUGAGCUCUGUGGCAAGACAUUUAGUGAGAGAAAUACAAUGGAGACUCAUAAGUUGAUUCAUACAGUAGGAAAACAGUGGACAUGUUCAGUCUGUGAUAAGAAAUAUGUCACUGAUUACAUGCUACAGAAGCACAUCCAGCUCACUCAUGAUAAGGUAGAAGCCCAGAGCUGUCAGCUGUGUGGGACAAAGGUUUCUACCAGAGCAUCCAUGAGUCGACAUAUGAGGCGUAAACAUCCAGAGAUUCUUUCGGUGAGGAUUGGUGAUUUAGAGCAGCUGCCAGAGACGACCACCAUUGAUGCCUCCUCAAUUGGGAUUGUUCAGCCGGAAUUAGCCUUGGAACAGGGAGAAUUACCAGAAGGGAAACAGCAUAUGAAAGCUUCUAAACGUGGCCAGAAACGAAAACAAAAGUCAGGUGAGGAGGAGGAAGCUCAAGUGCCUGAAGACCCUGCCUUCAGUGAAUACACAGAGAAGGAAGGUGAAUUCACAGGGAAUGUUGGAGAUGAGACUAAUUCAGCUGUACAGAGCAUCCAGCAGGUGGUGGUGACCCUUGGUGGCCCAAAUGUCACAGCCCCUUCCAGUUCUGUGGGGCUGACAAAUAUCACUGUUACCCCCAUUACAACGGCAGCUGGAACCCAAUUCACAAACCUCCAGCCAGUGGCUGUGGGCCAUCUGACUGCACCUGAACGCCAGUUACAGCUGGACAACUCAAUUCUCACCGUGACGUUUGACACCGUCAGUGGUUCUGCCAUGCUGCACAAUCGCCAAAAUGACAUUCAGAUCCAGCCGCAGCCAGAGGCAGCCAAUCCUCAGUCUGUGGCCCAUUUUAUAAACCUGGCCACCUUGGUGAACUCCAUUGCUCCUCUAGGGAACCAGAUAACAGAACAGCAUCCUCUGACAUGGAGGUCAGUGCCUCAGACUGAUGUCUUGCAGUCCCAGGCACAGCCAACGCAACAGCAGUCAGGACAGCAACAGGUUCAAACAGAGCAACAACAACAGAUGUAUAGCUACUAAUUUAUACUUCGAAAAGUUUUGAAAUGGACAGUACUUAGAGACAAAAACACACAGACAUUUGGAAAAUUUCUAAUAGGAUUGUUUGCUGGAUACCAAACAGAGAUGGGAAAAUGUUUAUACAAUGAAAUGUAAGCUAAAAUUGGCAUAGCACCCUGCAACACCCUGAUCUUGAGAUUCUCAUGCUGUCUCUAGACCUUGCAUUGUCUUAGAAAAAAGAAAAAAAAUCUUACCAUAAAUUUAGCGCCCCCUUGCACUAUGUAUUUCAUGCAGUAAGAUUGAGAUUUGACAGGAGCAUCAUAAUACAUCUUAAUCAGAGCAGGGAAAUCCUAAACAUUAUGACACUUACACUUGAUUUACAAAACCCUUUCAGCCAUACCAUGUCACUUCUUUCCAGUCUGGAAAUUACAUAUGAAGACCUUGUUCACUUUGAGGUGGAAUGCAUUUGUGGUCAGCUGGUAAAGACCAAAAUGUAAAGACACAAAUGGGCAAAACAAUAAUUGUCUUGGUUUUUAUCUUCUUUAGGUCUUGUAUUUAACAACAUUGGUAAAGUAGGUGGAGGUUGGGGUUUUGGGGUGGGGAUAAGUGUGGUGUGGAAGAAAAUACAUGAAUUUCAUAAAGUAUUUCCAUUUUAGUCAUGGGAAAAACCCUGUACCCAUAACACAGUGUUAGUGCUACUUGAAUCAGAUAGCUGGUCUAAUGCUAAAGCAACUUUUAUGGUCUUCUAGUCAAGUUUGAAUCAAACCAGUUAUGAACUGAAAAAAAAGAAUGUGAUACAGUUUUAUGUAAUUUUUCAAAACUGCUCUUUCAAUCUUGCUUUUAGCUAAUAGGUCUGAAGAGCAAUCAGUCCCCUUUGAUCAAGUUCAGGAUGUGAUUUUUUUUCAAUUAGUCGUCUUUCAUCACGUAAUAAACAUUUGAGAAAGCAUUCUUUUUUAUAUAUAUAUACACAUAUAUAUAUAUAGCCUUUGUACUUACUGUGUGUUCCUGGUGAGUAUUGGUGUGAAAAAGUUAUCAAUAUGAUUCAUUAAUUUUUUCAUCUCCAUAUCGCCCUUUCUCACAGAAAUAACGUAUGGAUUCUAUUCCUUCUCUUUCCAAAACUGUUUUCAGAAUUUGUAGCCACACACGAGAUUGUGUGAAAUGCAAGAAAAAAGAAUGUCUGAAGCAUAUUCUGCCACAUGGAGGCAGUAUGCCCUAGUGUAUAAUGGACAAGGUGUGCAUGACUGUUGGGGAUAUAAGUAGUGGGUUGGGUCAAAUACAUCAUUGCUGAUACAAUGCUUUCAUUCCAUUCUCCAUACAUUGAUGUGCAGUCUGGACUUUUGCAUGUCAAGAAGAUAGUGUCUUUCCCAUAGAGAAAAAGCAGCUUAUAUCAAAAAGGAAUAAACUAAAAGAAAAAUGUUGCUGCCUGGAAUCCUGAAAGGCAAAUCUGUCCUUCCAGCUGUGGCUGAAGAACAAGGUCCUUUGGGGCACCAGACUGAGCCACAGAACCGUGCUAAAGAUUUUUGCUGAGGAUAAAGCAGCUGCUGUGUUUGACAGUGAAGAUAGAUUAAUGGUUGUAAAAAUCCUGUCUGUGCCUAUCAUAUUUAUGAAAAUGUUUUAUGUAUUAGCAAAAAUAUGAGUAGGAAUGACUUAAGCUUUGAAAGUCUGUAUUAACAUGGACUACUUGACCCCUGAAGGAUGCCUUAUAAUCUCUACAACAAAUUCUUCCAAAGUAUAAAUGUCUGGAUAUUAAAGUUAACCUCCAGUGGUUUUCUUGGUGCCAUAGCAGUGUCCGGAGGCUCACUAUGCUAGGCUCUGUGUAACGCUUAGUUGCAACAGGACAUGUAUAGGAAAGGGGUUUCUGGUGACGGAUUUUGUGUGUCAGAGGAGCAGAACUACUUUUCUGUAAACAUCAGCAAGCCUGUAAAAUGUCUGCAUGGGAAGGACCUAUAUUUGGUGGGAAAAAGAUGCAUAUCAGAAAGAGAAAAUACCUUUUACCAGUGUGGGAAAGAGAAUUUUUCAUUCCCUAGCCCCUUCUGCCUUUUCUCAGAUCCUUUUCACACAAUACCAUGAGAUCCUGUAGUUUUAUUAGCCACCUAAUCCCGAGAAGUGCAGUUUUAUGUCCCUCUUAUCAUCUGGAUUAUUUCACCACUGGCUUGAGCCAGUUAAGUUUCUCCUCAGCUGUCCUGUCCACAAAUGCUUCGCCUUCACACCAAACCCACUAGCCAAGAGAAAGCUAGGUUUUAUUUAUGAAAAUAAAUGAUGUUGUUUAUGUACUUGAAGCUUCCCCCUGCCCCCCGCCCCGUGUUUGGUGCCUAAUUGGUAAAGGAACAUUAUCUUUUGGCAGGGUACUCCGGAGGGAAAAAAAAAAAAGGGGGGGGGGGGGGGGAGGAAGGCAAAUGGAGAGGUCCUAGGUCAAGUUGUUAUGGUAAAUAAAAGAUGGCUAACAUCUAAAAAAAUACAUAUGUAUAUGUACACACACACAUGGAGGGUUACAGUGCUGCAUAUAGAGUUUCUACAAGGUCAGGGUUUUGUUUAGACAUACAUAAAUGGUGAUUAUGCUUUUAAGUGGGGAAGAAGAGGUUUUUUGCCUUAGCUGCAGAGUGAAUACAUCUGCUCUAUGUGAAUACUACUGACAGUAGCAUUCAUGAUGCACUGUAUCAACCUGAGUCAUUUUAACAUGUAAUUAUCUAUCUGAUAAGAAUUGCAUAUGGAGGUGAUCAACCUUUACAGAGACCUCUGACUUCACAAAACCUCUUUAUCCUAAUGUGAUCCUCUGGUAUUCUGUACUUUUAUGCUGCCUAGCAUCCCUCCCACACUUAACUGGCCUGCAUAAUCCCAUCCAGGCAGGUUAGCAUUUUACCUUUCUGAUAAUGAUUGAUUCUAGCUAAUUUAAAAAGGAAUGAUCACAUAAUAAAUGCUUGCAUGUUGGUGGUCACAUAGAACAGAAAUGUCUUUCCAGUCUCUCAGUAUCCCCAAAUCAUAGAGCGGCCCAGGCUGGAAGGGACCUCGGAAGAUCAUCUGGUCCAGCCUUUUUUGGGAAAGGGAGCUUAGAUGAGAUUAUCUAGCACCUUGUCCAAUUGCACCUUUAAAACCUCCAGUGACAGGGACUCUACCAUGUCCCUGGGGAGGUUGUUGCAGUGGAUUAUUGUUCUUACUGUAAAAAUUAUCUUAAAUAAUAUUCUGCUUCAGGAGGGAAAAAUAUAACCACUGGAAGGGCUUUGACUAGGCCAGGCAACAGAAAGUUCUCUAAAAGCUAAUCUUCCCCAGAGCAGUCCUUUUGGAAAUGAGCUUGACUCUCCCUGCAACCAUUGCUAUGGUACCUCAUCAUCUCUCAGUGUGAUUUUAUUAUUACUAUUGUUAUUAACAUCCCUAUGAGAACGCAACUGUAUCUUGGGUGUGCUGCAACAUGAAACAUUUCAAAACAAAUUAUUCUGGUUUUGUUUCAAACAAAUUAUUUUGUUUGGAGAAGUUGGAAAUGGAUACCUUUUCAGAUAGAGCUUACCUUGGAGAACUACUGACUGCCAGCUGCCCUCCCAACAAAGCCUUUUUCGGAUGAAUACCAAAGUUAUACUGAUGCUGUUUCAAACUGCACAAGAAAUAAAACUACGUAAGGGAUGUGCAAUCUAAAUUUCCUUUGCCAAUUUGUUACUAGCCUUUUCAGCUAUAGGAUGUGAAGGUUAUUGUUUUCAGCCACGUGUUGGAGAUUUUGCAUAACAACUGUUCAGUAACAAACUGGAAUUAGUUUGAGCCAAAGGAGUGAUGUUGUGUAGUAUUCUGUGUAUUGUCAUUGUUUAUUGCUAAGACUAUUAUUUAAUUGAAUGCUGUUUGUGGCACAUGGGCUCUGAAGUAAAGGAGCAUCAAGGUACAGAA